GCAAAGACAGCCAUGAGUUGAAUCAACAAGUUCUGCCAACUGUAGACUGAAGGAGGUUUGGAGCGGCAAUUUCUCACUCAACAAAUUACUCUCUUUAUGCCAGUCGGCGCGUGCAGACGUGGGCGAUUAAAUUUCGGAAAGAGAUGUCCGUAGAGCAAAAAUAAAUAUAUCGUAAAAUAUAAAAACUAAAAACAAAACUAAAAUCAAACGUUCAAAGCAAAUAAACAAGUAAACAAUAUGUCGAGUAUGGAAACAGCAGAAGCGUUCAAGACGCGCUCUAGUUUCGAUCAACCCCUCGAGGCACAAUUCAAUGGCUCCACUGAAUUCAUAUUGGUCAACGAUCAUCAAACACCGGAGAAGAAGCGCAAUUUCGGUGAAUUCUGUGCAACUGGCUUGAAGAAUGUGUUUCGUAAGAAAACUCUAUACAAGCGACUACCAAUCUUGAAGUGGUUGCCACAUUACAAUCGGAAUGAUGCCAUCGGUGAUUUGAUUGCGGGCAUAACUGUCGGUUUGACGGUCAUCCCACAGGGUUUAGCCUACUCGGGCGUUGCUGGUUUGCCAACACAGUACGGUCUUUAUGGCGCUUUUAUGGGAUGUUUUGUUUACGUCAUAUUUGGUACCUGCAAGGACAGCACAGUCGGUUCGACAGCCAUCGCUUCACUCAUGGUCUUCCAGUUUGCUAAUGGUGUGUGGCAACGAGCGAUCCUUCUCACAUUCCUCACCGGCAUUAUCGAAAUUCUGAUGGCGCUCUUUCGUUUAAGCUUCAUAAUAGAGUUCGUAUCGGGGCCAGUGAGUGCGGGUUUCACGAGCGCUGUGGCACUGAUCAUAACCACAUCGCAAAUAAAAAAUAUUAUUGGCGUAAAAAAUGCCACUGGCACCACCUUUCUGGAGCGCUGGAUCAGCAUGAUCAGUGACAUCGGGAACAUACGAAUAGCAGAUACGAUUCUUGGUUGUUCGUGUGUGGUCAUUUUGAUGUUGAUGCGCUCUUUAGGCAACAUUAAGUGGGGACCAAAAAAUAAUCCUCAAUGGUAUCACGUUUUGGGGACCAAGCUGAUGUGGUUCUUGGGUGUCUCACGAAAUGCAACGCUGGUGAUCAUUUGUGCUGCUGCGAGUAUGUACAUGCAGGAGAGGGGUAUGAACUAUUUCCGGCUGACGGGUUACAUACCGGGCGGUUUGCCUGAGUUUGGACCACCACCGUUCUACAUUGAGGGCACGCCUGGCAAUGAAACCACAGGCGAGCCAGCAGUCGAAGCUGAGUCCUUCUUGGAAAUGGUCAAUCACAUGGGCUAUGGUCUGAUUAUCGUCCCACUCGUUGCUUUACUGGAGAACAUUGCUGCCUGCAAGGCUUUCGCGAAAGGAAAACCUAUAGACACAGCCCAAGAACUGAUCGCCAUGGGUGUAGCGAACGUGGCUAAUUCAUUCUUCCAAGGUUAUCACGCCAACGGCGGUCUCGCACGUUCGGCUGUCAAUAACGCCAGUGGCGUACGCACUCCCUUGGGCAAUAUGUACAUCGGCGCCAUUGUGGUCUUCGCUCUGCUUUAUUUAACUGACUUCUUCUACUACAUUCCGAAAGCUGCAUUGGCGUCCAUCAUUAUUUCGGCCGUGAUCUUCCAGGUGCAGUACCAGGUGAUCCUGCCAAUGUGGCGCAGUAAACGUACCGAUUUGAUACCCUAUUUCGUCGCCUUCAUCGCUUGCUUGGUUAUGCCGUUGGAGCUGGGCAUUCUUACUGCAAUCGGUGUGAAUCUUCUGUUUAUUUUGUACCACUCAGCGCGUCCGAAAGUUCGUUUGGAGACACUGGAGACUCACGACGGCUUGAAAUUUCACAAACUUACACCAGAUCGUUGCCUCAUUUUUCCUUCGGUUGAGUUUGUACGUAAUCUGGUGCUGAAGUGCGGCAAUAAAACCACCCUUCCGGUUGUCAUCGACUGCACUUACAUCUAUGGUGCGGACUACACUGCCGCCAAAGUAAUCUCUUCGCUGAUCGACGAUUUCAAACGACGCAACCAAAAAAUUAUAUUUUACAAUUUAAAACCGAGUGUUGUGCAAAUCUUUGAUGGCUUGAAUAUUCAACUGACGUUGUGCUACAACACUGACGCCUUGACACAUGCGUUGAGGGAGGAUGAAAAUGCCGGGGCACCAAAGCCGACCCCAGAAAAUGAUGUAGAGGCUGGUGCUAGAGUUAGCAAUGCGACUUUAAAUUCAAGAUUUACCAUUGAAGUAGCAUGUGUGAAAGAUUCCGAGGAUGUAACGAAGCUAUAAAUACUUUAUUUUUUAAGUGAAUUCAUAUCCAUUUGUAAAUACAUAUUUCAUCAAAAAGCUCAUUUCUGGUCAGAAUUGUUCCUAAAUAGAAUCUGUUAUAAAUGUAUAGAUGUUAUAUUAAUCGAAAUAAAUUUUAUUUUAAAAAUGA